AUGGAUGCCCUUACAAAAAUUGUAGCAACAGGAGAGAGAGCAAUAUCUGAACUGAACAAAUAAUCAUUAACAUAAUGGAAUGGGGCGACCACAAUAAAGAUAAUAGAACGGUUGAAUCUUUGCUUUGAUGAGAUAAAUUUUCAUUUACAGAAGAAAGGCUUGAAUGAGGAGGCUAAUGUAAUCUCAAAGCUCUACAAUCAUUACAAUGUUUUGUUCCAAAAAGUAGAAGAGAUAAAUCAACGAAAACAUUAGAAUGCUCCAGAACUACCCAUGGAGUAUUGUUAAAGAUCAUUGUCAACUAAUGCAAGUUCAAAAACCAUAUUUGGUGGAGCUGAGAUCUAAAGUUUUAGUAUAUUUUCUGCCCAGAAGUCUAAAUUCAUUUCUGCAGAAUAAGAAUUCAGGAGUAACAAACCAAAGUUUAAGAAGAAUGUUUAAUCAAAGGGGACAGAUACUGGCGAAGAUGCUAUGCGUUAUUUAAAUGUAGAAUAUUUGGGCGAAAAAGAGAGGGAAUUGUAAAGAGCCAAAGAGGAAAAUGAGAUGAAUCUUAGGGAAAUAGAGAAGUUUCUGAAGCUUAAAGGACUGUGGAGUGAAAUACAUGCAAGCAAUGCUCCUUAUAAGUUAUAAGAUCUUGGUAAGACUUUAGAAAGAGAACUCUAACGAAAUGAAAUGUUUAUUAAUGAAUAAAUUAGAAUUGCUAAUUAGGAGCCUGACUUCCCAUCUAGAGAUAUGAAAUAAGAAAUAAAGGAGAGAGUUGUGGUUGGGGUUUAAAAAUCAACUGCAGACAGGAUAUUAAAAUAUGCAGAGAGAAAAAUGAAGGAAGAAUUUGAGAAAUUUCAAUUGAAGAAGAAUUCAGGAUUGUAGAUGCACAAGAGGAAAUCACAAAACAUGUAAAGAAUAGAUGAAUUGGAACAUCUAAUUAAUACUAAGAAUGAAGAAAUCUUGGAGAAAGAAUCAAAGAUGUCAGCUUUGUUCUCUAAAUUUGAAGAAUAAGAGAAGAAAUUAGUAAAUUUGAUGAUUCAAAUGGAAUAAAUUAAAGCUAAUGAAAAACACAAUAACACUUUUACUAGUAGUUAAGCCAAUGAGAAAUAGAGUCAUGUUGAGAUCUAAGUAAGUAUGAGUGAUCCUAAGAUCUUCAAAUUAGAAUUGCAAUUAAAAGAAAUCGUUGAACAGAAUUAGAAUAUGAAGGGAGAAUUAUAAACCAUGUACGAAUAAGCAAAAAAUGAUAAAUAGAAGGUUUUAUUACAACCUUAAUUAAUUGAAGAAGUUCUGAUGAUGAUUAUUUAGAGUGAGUUGCAAGCUGAAGGCAAAAUAGAAUUAUUACAAACAUUUUUAUAAUAUUUGAUUGAAAAUUCAGAGAAUGAUAUUGCAAGAAUGCCACCAAAUGAGUUAUAUAGAACUGUGAGAUAAAAGAUGCAAUAUAAUAAUAAUUCUAAUAGGAAUUUGGAAGAAGUCUUAGAGAAAUUCGAAGAGAUGCAAAGUGAUAACGAAGACUAUUCUCCAAGUUCGAUUAAGAAGACCAAAAAGAAUAAAAAUAAAUAAUAGAAAUCUAAAAAACUAAUAUUAGAAAGAGCUGAUUCUUAAGUUGAAUAAUAGACAUUUUCCCCAGAAAAAUCUGAAAAAUUUAUUGGAGUUAAGAAAUCUAAAAAUAAAUUUGAAGAUUAAUCAAAUGAAAAUUCUGAAUCAUAGAUUAUAACAAAUAAUAACAACAAUACUAAUAAUAAUAAUAGUAACUAUUCCAUCAGUAUGUUUAAGAAAAAGCCUUUAAAUAAGAUUAGCGAAGAAAACAGUAUUAUAUAAAAAAAUUCACCAAGAAAAUAAGAUGUCAAUAGCCCAUAAUCAGGUAGUAGAAAUAUCUUAAAUAAUACUUCAACAUUUAAAUAAAACUAAUCUGAUUAGAAGUAAAAUAAAAAUAUUGUUAAUUCCUCUUUCAAUCAAAACUAAUCAUAAUAUUAAUAAUAAUAAUAAUAAUAAAAUAAUCAACAACAGUAGUAAAUUCAAUUACAACCACCUAAAGAGUCAAGUAGAUUCAGAACAGAACAAUAAAAAUAAUUAUCAUCAGGUAGAUAGUAGGCAAAUAAAAGUAGAGGAUAAAUUGAUUAAAGCAAUCAAAAAUCUGUAAUUUAAUCCAAUCAUACACCGCAAUAUAAGACAGUAAGAUAGAUAAAACAAAGACAUUCUAUUAAAGAUGAGUUUGGAGAGGUAGAUUAUGAUGAAGUAGACGAUGAAGUAGCAAACAGAGGAGUACAAGUGAAUUUUGGAAAUCUCUAUAUAAAAGCUUCGAUGAUAAAUUCGUAGGAUGAUAAUUCUAAUAUGAUGGGAUCCUAAAUUGGAUUCCAGACUCCUUUGAUGAGAUAAAGUUAUAGGUAGUUGGAAGAAAAGGUCACUGCCAAAUUCACUCAAACUGAUGAUUUUUUUAUGUGGAAUCUAUUCUAAAAAAUGUAGGUAGAUCUUGGAUUAACAGAGGAAUAAAUAAAAAAGUUGGAGCAAAUCUUUUUGAAUGAAUAAUAAUUUAUUCAUUAUUAUGAGAAGACUCCAUCUUAGAGAUAAAAAUCAAGGGCAUCUACUACUGUUUUAGCUGACUAAACAACCAAAGCCAAAUAAGAGAAAUACAUUGAAAAUACUAUUAAUGACAGUAAGAUGACUACUAUGAUUCAAUAGAAAAAUGAAACGACAGAUUCAGAAUAAUAAAUUAGAAGACCAACAAUAUCUAUAAUGAAAACCACUUAGCCUCCAAAGGGAUUGGAAUCUCCAAUGAAUUUAGUUGGAAGGCAAAAGAGUUAGGUAUUGCUCUCUUAUACAAAUGAAAGCAGCAUCAUAUAGCCUAAUUAAGGCAGGAGUGUUAGUCAAACAUCAGAUGUUCAUAUUAUGAAUUAUGGAAGUGUUAGUACAGAUACAAUUGCUAAAAAGUAGAGAUAAACGACGAGCCAAAAGAUUUUGGAAGAUAUGCUAAAGAAUAAGGCUGGAUUAACGUCUCCAUUUGAUAUUGAAACAAAAGAAUAAAAAGAAUAGAAAAUGUAUUUCCAUGUUUUUGGAGAUGAAAUGUAAACAGAUGCUGAUUUUGAAUUGGAAGCUGUGAGAGUCAAUUUAGGAAAGCCCUUGGAAGUGAUACAAGACCAUUUGAAGGAAGAUGCAAUGAAAAAAAUAUAUUAAUAAUUUGUAAAUCGUCCUAAGAAUCCUUGGUAAGAUCAACUCUAUAUGAUUAUCUCUCAAUUUGCCAAUAAACCACCUUAAGCCAUUUCUUACAUAGAUUUCAAAAAAUAUUAUGAAAAUUACAUGAGAGUACAUAAAAGAUGUGGAGAUGGUUGUAUUCACAUAUAAAGAUUUUUGGCUAGGGUAGGAUUUGGAAUAAAUUCAAAGAGAAAAGCAUUGAAUAUGAGUAAAUAAAGUGUUUCUCCAUUUGAACUGCCAAAACUAAAAUGA